AUGACACUCACGAAACUCUUGACGGAGCCAGCCUCCUUUAAGUUCAGCACAGUGCCGGGCUAUUUCCUCCAAGAUGAGCCAACCACCGACCCAAACAGCUUCGACUAUGUGAGCCCCUACGCCUCCCGAUAUCAUAUCGUUGAUACCCGCCAGACACAAAGCACUAAUGAGACACCCCAGUCAUCCACCAAUUUCGGAUUGAUCUCCCGAAAAUAUGAUAGCGAGACUGUCAUGUCCCAAAAUGGAACCCAAUGGCAGCGCUUUGCCCAACACAUUACACAUCUCAAUGAGACCGCCGGUCCGCAGUUCAAGUAUAAAGUCCUUUUCCUCGGACGACACGGCGAAGGUGUGCACAAUGUUGCCGAGCGGAGAUACGGGACUAAAGCUUGGGAUGAGUACUGGUCUCUCCUGGAUGGAGAUGAAUAUGGUACUUGGCUAGAUGCCCACCUCACCAAGGUAGGCAUUGCCCAGGCUCAGACUGCACAUGACACAUGGGCUCGGCAAUUGGAGUUUGGCAUCCCCACGCCGCAGUCCUACUAUGUCAGCCCUUUACAUCGAUGCUGUCAGACGGCACAGGUGACGUUUGAAGGGUUGGAUAUGCCCUUGACUAAUCCUUUCCAACCGCUUGUGAAGGAGUUGCUGCGUGAAACCAUGGGCGAGCACACCUGUGACCGCCGUUCAACAAAAUCGGCUAUUGCGACUGAUUUCCCACGGUUCCGGUUCGAGCCGCGUUUUACGGAGGAAGAUGAGCUUUGGGACCCAAAGGUUCGCGAGACGGAUGAACAUCGGGACCGGCGAUUGCUAGCCUUGUUGAAUGAUGUCUUCGCUGCUGAUGAGAAUGUCUUUCUUUCUUUGACUGCGCAUUCGGGGGCUAUUACGAGUAUCUUGGAGGUUGUUGGUCACCGUAAGUUUCCGCUCGCGACUGGGGCGGUUAUUCCGGUGGUUGUGAAGGCACAGAACCGUGCGUGA